ACCAGCGAGAUGACAGUAGCAAUUUGUGAAAAAUGCUAUAAUAUUUCUUGAAAAAUAAAAACAUAUAUAAUGUAUGUAUAUGUUCUUACCAUCAAAUGAUUGUAUUCCAUAUUUUGUUGCGCUUUUUUUGUAUUUUGGGGGGUUUAUUUUCAAGUAGGGUUUUUAUUUUGUCCUCGGUUGGUUCAACACAUUCCGCCAUUUUAUUUUUCUCUACCCACGGUAUAUGAGCUGAUAGCCUAGUUGGAGAGUAGCCAAUCAGAGUGCACGAUUGCUCAUAUCCAGUGAAUGUGGGUAGACUAAAAAGUUCUAUAUCUAUUCUGUGGAAUAAGCCAUUUCUCAAAGAGGUCCCUGGCACAUUAUUUAGAGUAAACAGAUGAUACAGAUUUGCACAGAUAUUAGUCAGUUGCUGAGUUUGUUAAUCAUAGCUAAGACACUUUAAACUGGAAUUUUGCUGAUAAAACAAGGUACACCCUUCACGAUACGUAAUGCAUUAUAUUUAAUUUCAAUACCAGAGGAAUAACAGUACAUAAUUUAAAUAUUUAUUUAAUACCACGUUAUUAUACUACAAUAUUUAUGUAAAAACUUGAACUAUUUUACAAUUCCACAGUGUGUGUGAAUCCAAUGCAAUGCUUCACAUGAAGUAAAUUUUAGAUGUAUGAAGUAAUUUAAUAUAAAACAACCACAACACGUGAUGCAACAGUAAUUUUAUUUGUUUUUCUUUCUUUUUUUUAAGAAGUACAGUUGAAAAUCAGAGGAAAUGAAAUACUUGGCGAUGUUGGAUCUUGACUUGGCAUACAAACUGUGAACUAUGGAGAAAGCUGGGCCAGGUUUCCUGACCAAUCACACCACUUCAAAUGAUACAGCUAACCAAUGGAGACCCACAAAGCCUACUCCACCAAGCAUGGAGGAAGUCAUCCACUCCGAGUCCCAAAUUAAACAUCUAGUGGGGUUGUUUGGCAUGGUGACCCUUAACCUUGCAGCCCUGCUUGGCAACACUGGAGUUAUUUUAGCCAUUGCCCGAGCUCCACACACAAAGAAAUAUGCAUUUGUGUGCCAUCUUUGUGCAGUGGAUUUGCUUUCUGCCAUAUUACUGAUGCCUCUUGGAAUAGUAUCGAGUUCUCCAUUCUUCAGUACUGUGACAUUUACAGUUCUGGAGUGCCAGGUCUACAUCUUUCUCAACGUGUUUCUGGUCUGUGCGUCUAUUCUUACUGUAACCGCCAUUAGUGUGGAACGCUACUAUUACAUUGUUCAUCCCAUGCGCUAUGAGGUAAAGAUGACCAUACACCUCGCUGUUGGAGUAAUGGUAUUCAUUUGGGUGAAAUCUUUGCUUUUAUCACUUGUUACCUUACUUGGUUGGCCAGCAUAUGGGAAUCAAAGCUCCAUUGCCGCUACUCAUUGCUCUUUGCACUGGAGUCAUAGUCGUCUCAGAAAAGUGUUUGCCGUUCUUUUCAGUGUGGUGUGCUUCCUUGUUCCGGCACUCGUGAUUUUCGCUGUGUACUGUAAUGUCUACAAGGUAGCACGGUCAGCUGCAAGACAACACGUUCCCAUGCCCCCCUGGCCCCCUAAUCCAGCUAAGUGUCGUUCGGAUUCUAUUAACAGUCAGACUACCAUCAUCACUACUACACGGAGUCUGCCUCAGAGACUGUCCCCUGAGAGGGUAUUUGGAGGAAGGAAGGCUGCCUUCACACUCGUGGUCAUUGUCGGGCAGUUCCUGUUGUGCUGGCUUCCAUACUUCGGCUUCCACCUUCACAUGUCCAUCACAGCACCACUCCAGAGUCCAGGAGACAUCGAGGAGAUUGUGACCUGGUUGGCAUACUCCUCUUUUGCAGUGAACCCAUUUUUCUAUGGACUGCUCAAUAGGCAGAUUCGUGAGGAACUCAUAAAGCUGAGGAAGUGCUGCGCUUCUAACAGGCCUGUGGAAUUUGGAGGCUCUAGUCAUGAAGGGUCCAUCCAGGAGAACUUCCUGCAGUUCCUACAGAGGACCAGCAGCAAGACUGAGACCAACAGGUCCAGCUGUGCUAACUCCAGCCCCAGAAACACCCUGGACCAUGGUGUCAGGAUACCCGGACAGAUCCCUGAGGAGUGACUAGGAGUCUUCAGACUGAACAUGUGCAUUCUGUCAUAUCAUUUAGUUGCAUAUAUUUGGAUAAAAAGUGGGACUUUGGAAAUGUUUGUGUUGUACUAGAUGAGUGUUACAUUUAACCUAAGCCAUAUUAAUACUGAUGAAUGUACAUAUGAGCCCAUCAAAAGGUACCAUUUUUGUUGUGCAAUGGAUAUGGUAAUAAGGAUGUCUAAAGUACAGUAAUUUAGGAUUUAUUAUCCACUUUGGGUACUUUCUGGUCAUCACCCUUACUUUGAAAACUAAAGGCAAUAACAAUAAUUCAAUAUUAAAUGUAACUGUUUUUAGGUAAUAAUAUGGCUUAAAAGAUACUUUUCCAAAAGAAACAAACAAUACAAUUAUAAAUCCUCCUGAAAUCCUGUUUUCAUAUUAUUUUCCUAGUUGUGUGACAUUGACAGAAUAGACCUUAGUCUUCCGGUAGGCUCCGGUAUAUCUUGCUAAUUCCAUCUGCCCGUCACCAUGGAAAUGUGGCGAGACUGAGUCUUGCAUAGCAACAGGGUUCUUUAGAGCUCAGUUCUGCUUGCAAAUUGUAUAAAAUAAAGUGUCCCGUGUAGCUUUCCAACCAAACUAAGCAGGAAUAAUACAUUACCUGCAGCUCAUCAUGAACUGUACAUUCACAGUGUACCUGGAUGUGGAAAACCGCUUUUGCUGUUUCUGUCCAAAUCCAUUUAUUACAGCAAGAGACAGAACCAUGCUGGUUUGAAGGACUGAAAAUCAUUACCAUGCAACAAAAGUGCUCAGGCAGAGAUAACACCAUGGGUUUUAUGGGCUUUUUGCUGUUUGUGGAGGACCAUUACAAACAGAGAAUGAAAAGUCCGGAGUAGGCUGGUUUGUCCACAGCAAACAGGAAUAAUACCUGGGUUAAAUGUGCUUUCAUUAUGUAGCUAAGGCUGUGUAAUAUAUAAUGAAGGUAGUAUACUGUAUGAGUGGUAUGUAUGCAUGUAAACAUAUAGAUACACACAUACUGAAGACAUUUUAAAUCACCUUUUCACUCAAAAUUUAAAAACAGUGUAUAUUACACAGCUUAGUGACAUUUUAUAUCAUAAAUUUGAAACACCAUUUUAAAUUUACGACCAUUGCGUUAGAAAUUGCUCCUUCAAAAUCUUCAUUAGAGAUUCAAUAGAGAGCGACCUUGCCUGCAACUUCAAACAAUGAGACAGCCAUUGGGGCUGAGAGAGAGAGAGAGAGAGAGAACAAGAGAGCAAGUGAACAAGAGACCGAUGCACGUGGGACAUGAUUAGGCAUUCAUAAUCUUGAGCGUCCCUGUCACAAUCAAAACAAGGCCGGAACAAAACAACAUCUGAAAUGAUUUAAAUACGCUGAGGGAAAAUGAUUAAAGAGGGGAAGAUGGGGAAGGGAUGGUACACAACUGCCCUUUUUGUCUCUCUGAAUGGUGCAAAGAAAAUGAGUUGUGCUAUCUGUCCUAGUGUGGUCACAGAUCUCAGAAAUGCACCUAGUGCCUAUGUAUCUUCUUCUUUCGGCUGCUUCUGUUAGGAGUCACCACAACAGCUCAUCAUGAUCUACAUAUUUGAUUUGGUAAAGGUUUUUACACCGGAUGCCUUUCCUGACACAACCCUCCCCAAUCUAUUCAGGCUUGAGACUGGCACUAAGUGACUGGGUAUUUUACCUAAUCUGCAUGUCUUUGAACUGUCGGAGGAAACCAGAGCAUUGGGAGGGAACCCACACAGCCACGGGGAGAACAUGCAAACUCCACACAGAAAGGCCCUCCCAUCAGCCGUGAGGUUUGAACCUGGAACCUUCUUGCUGUGAGGUGACAAUACUAACCACUGCAUCACCGUGCCAACCAUCUAGUGGCCAAAAAUAAUUCCAUUCUGAACCUCAUAAAUGAAGCAUGUCAUUAUUACACAGAAAGCUUGCACACUGAAAGCCUAAAUCAUUUUACUUGAUUAUAAAACUAAAUAAUAGUGUGUUAAGUGAAGUCAGGGCAAAUUCUACAAUGGCCUAUACGGUAAGUGUGUAUAUAUACUACCACGCAAUAGACCUGGAGUACGACACUGACAGCACAGAAAAUGUGCUUGAUUACACAGAUGCUUUUAUUACUUGCUCCACUACGUGUUUUUUGAUGUUCACACUGAAUGCAUUCCCUGAAGUAGUAAUUAACAAUUCUGGUCAUGUUGCAUAACAUUUAGAACGGGAGAGAUGAGGAGAGGACUCAAAUCAGUGUCUGUUCAAAGUGGUGCAUGAGGAGACAGGGAUGGGGGAUGAAAGAGUGGUGGAGGGCGGGAGGAAACUGCGAGUCAUAUCUGGUUCAUGUACCUCGUGCAAAACAUUGUGUUCUAUUGUGCUAUUGGCAUUAGACAAUUUAAAAUAUUACCGAAUGUUUUCUUUAUUGUGGAUGACAGUAUUAGCAUUGUUAAACAUUAAAUGUGCAACAUGAAUAUGAUCCACAAUAAAAGCAUUUGUUUCAGAUAGAAGAUGAAAAGAUACAUGAUGUUAACUACUGUACGUUUAUACAAAUUAUCCCACUACUAUGAACUGUUAUAUAAGGGAAUUAAGUAUUCUGUUUUAAAGAUAUUUUCAUUUCUCCUCCCAUCUUUAACCAUACAACAUUACCACCUAG